UCCCGGGGGCUUGAUUAGGUAGGAGGCGGCGAAGCGCCGGCGGUGGCCGGAAGUAUCCGAAGCAAGCGGCGGAAGUAGCCGAAGCGGCCGGAGCGGGCGGGCAGCAAGGCGAGGCGAGAGCUGCACAGGGCCCUGCGCGGCCGCCCCAGCAUGUCGGACUUCGACGAGUUCGAGCGGCAGCUCAACGAGAAUAAGCAAGAGCGGGACAAGGAGAAUCGGCACCGCAAGCGCAGCCACAGCCGCUCCCGGAGCCGCGACCGCAAGCGCCGGAGCCGCAGCCGUGACCGGCGCAACCGGGACCAGCGGAGCGCCUCCCGCGACAGGCGGCGGCGCAGCAAACCUUUGACCAGAGGCGCUAAAGAGGAGCACGGUGGAUUGAUCCGCUCCCCCCGCCAUGAGAAGAAGAAGAAGGUCCGCAAAUACUGGGAUGUGCCCCCCCCGGGCUUCGAGCACAUCACCCCCAUGCAGUACAAGGCCAUGCAAGCUGCGGGUCAGAUUCCGGCCACUGCCCUUCUCCCCACCAUGACCCCAGACGGUCUAGCUGUGACCCCAACGCCUGUGCCCGUGGUCGGGAGCCAGAUGACCAGACAGGCCCGGCGCCUCUAUGUGGGGAACAUCCCCUUCGGCAUCACCGAGGAGGCCAUGAUGGAUUUCUUCAACGCCCAGAUGCGCCUGGGGGGACUGACCCAGGCCCCCGGCAACCCGGUCUUGGCUGUGCAGAUUAACCAGGACAAGAAUUUUGCCUUCUUGGAGUUCCGCUCUGUGGACGAGACUACCCAGGCCAUGGCCUUCGAUGGCAUCAUCUUCCAGGGCCAGUCUCUGAAGAUCCGCAGACCUCACGACUACCAGCCCUUGCCUGGCAUGUCGGAGAACCCCUCUGUCUACGUGCCUGGAGUUGUGUCCACUGUGGUCCCCGACUCGGCCCACAAGCUGUUCAUUGGGGGCUUGCCCAACUACCUGAACGAUGACCAGGUAAAAGAGCUGCUGACAUCGUUUGGGCCUCUCAAGGCCUUCAACCUGGUCAAGGACAGCGCCACGGGCCUCUCCAAGGGCUACGCCUUCUGUGAGUACGUGGACAUCAACGUCACAGACCAGGUGAGUCUCCAGGUACUGGCUGCCGGCUGCUCUGCCCUUGCCCCGCCCUGCGCGACAGCCCACGUGGAGGUCUCCCUGACUUGGGAUGGGGUGGCAGGAGCCAGCUGGACACAGUGUCCUUGGGGUGGGACUCAUCCCCUUUCCCUUGGUUCUGGCUCUUUCCAAGCUCUCAACCCCCUUUGCCUUCCCCUUUUCCUCCACCAAUGCCCCUGGCUCUGGAGUACCAGGGCUUGGGGGAGGCGUGGGGACCACCCUGACUCGCACCUCUCCCCUGCACCCCCUCCUGCCCUUCCUCCAAACCAGGCUAUCGCAGGGCUGAAUGGGAUGCAGCUGGGGGAUAAGAAAUUGCUAGUCCAGAGGGCAAGUGUGGGAGCCAAGAAUGCCACGCUGGUGAGCCCCCCGAGCACCAUCAACCAGACGCCCGUGACUCUGCAGGUGCCGGGCCUGAUGAGCUCCCAGGUGCAGAUGGGCGGCCACCCCACUGAGGUGCUGUGCCUCAUGAACAUGGUGCUGCCCGAGGAGCUGCUGGACGACGAGGAGUAUGAGGAGAUCGUGGAGGACGUGCGCGACGAGUGCAGCAAGUAUGGGCUCGUCAAGUCCAUUGAGAUCCCCCGGCCGGUGGACGGUGUCGAAGUGCCCGGCUGCGGGAAGAUCUUUGUGGAGUUCACCUCUGUGUUUGACUGCCAGAAAGCCAUGCAGGGCCUGACAGGCCGCAAGUUUGCCAACAGAGUGGUCGUCACAAAGUACUGUGACCCCGACUCCUACCACCGCCGGGACUUCUGGUAGAGGCGGCCGGGGAAGGCGGGGAGGGGCUGGGGGGUUUCCUCCCUCCUCCCGCCCCCGUUGUCCCCUCUGAAGAGGAUGGGCAGAGGAGUGACAGCCGAAUACCAGCCGGCAGCAACUGGAAUGGCAGCGAUUCAGGGUGGG